CUAAAAGUCAAGUCAUUUAGCCCCGUAUCCAGAAAGGCCUUCGCGGUUUGCUCUCGUCUCUACCCUCCAAAACUUUCGUAACUCUUCGCCGAGUGUGGAAGAAAAGAGACGCCAAUGGAUGAAGAUCGGCCUCAUAAACUAGCCCGAGCUAUACUCGCCACUUUGAUCGGAGUACUGCUGACGCUGAGUAAUUCUGAAAGAGCCCUGGCGUCCAAAUCUCCAUCAGCUUUCGUUCAGAACGUCAUUUACUCCAAUAAAAUCGCCAUCUUCUCCAAAUCUUAUUGUCCGUAUUCCAUGCGUGCCAAGCACAUAUUUCAUGAACUAAAGGAGUUGCCUUUUGUUGUGGAGCUGGAUCUUCGAGAUGAUGGGACCCACAUUCAAGAUGUCCUUCUAGAUCUGGUGGGCCACAGAACAGUCCCGCAAAUAUUUGUGAACGGGAAACAUGUUGGUGGAUCUGAUGAUCUCUAUAAUGCGGUUGAAAAUGGACAACUGAAAUCACUCCUAAGCAAAGAAUGAUCCUGAAUGACAUGAUGGUUUGCUAGAGUUACAAAUUCAAUUGCUGGAUGGCCAAACUAAAUUUUGCCAGAAAGACUGUUAAAGCUACCACUGAAUAUUGAUGUCAAUAUAUGGUAGUUGUGACUUGUGAGGUUGGAUGUAUAAUUUUUCUAAAACAGCAACCAUUAGCAAUAUACUACGUAGUACUAAUUUGUAUUUGAGACAAUCAUUUCAAAGUGGUGCCUAUCAUAAUAUUGCUUGUUACAGUCCUCUAUUUGAUAUGAACCAGAACUAGAAUCUUAUUAAUAACAGUACGUGCGUGUUUGGAACCUCACUG